AAUGACACCUUUGCCAUCGUUGGCCCCCUCCCUACCACCUCCGUCUCCCUAGACGUCAUCGCUAACCUCCGUGGACGGGAGCGAAGCCCCUGAUCCAACGCGCCGCCGGCCGCCGCCCUACAUCCGUCGUCGCCGGUUGGGAUGAGGAUCUUCAGAAAACUCAUGACCUUUAACAUUGGAACCUUUGUCAUAAAAGGUUGGGUGGCCAGAAAUGGAUAUUAUGCUGCCUUUUAAAGUUGGAGACAGAGCAGAGUCAAGGUCCUUCUCUCUUGGUUUCAGGGGUGCAUGGUUCCGCAGUAAGAUAAGCCUUAUGUGUAUAAGGCAAGGUCAUCUGGAGUGUCUUUUGGAGUAUCUCGACUUUCCAGAUGAAAAGAAGACAUGGACUCGGCUAUACAAAGUUCCACCAGGUAGCCGUAAGCGGAAAUCAAGUGAGAGUAGGAUGAUCAUGGUAAGACCUACCUUUCCACAGUGGUACCUGGAGCAUGAAAAACCUAAAGAGCUCCCAAAGGCCAAUGUUGUAGCAAUUGUCAGCAGUCCAUGGAAAGUAGGUGACUUGGUGGAAUGGUGGUAUACUGAUUGUUACUGGACCGGGAAGAUUGUUGAGUUACUUGGUGAUGACAAAGUUAAGAUAGCUUUGCAUGAAGAGCCAAUUGGUGAAGGUGGAUACUAUGAUGCUUAUUGUAAGGAUCUGAGACCAGCCCUUGAUUGGUCCCUUGGAAAAAGUUGGAGCGUGCCUCUUUCACAGGGAAAUGGAAAGUCCUGGUAUACCGCCCAGUUGAUUAUACAGAGCACAGAUUCAGGAAGUAGCAGCUCAGAUGAGGACAUUGAGCAAUCUUGUGAUUGUGAAGAGGUACAAAAAUGCUUGGAUAGGCCAUCUGAUUUGCCUGCAGAAGCCAUGGGCUCUGGCACAAAACUUUCGGCAAACGUCAGUGACGAAGUUUUCAUCAACAACCAAGGACAUGGUAAAGAGGAAUCUCCAGAAUGUUUGAAUGGAGCUUCCAAUAUGCCUCAGGAGGUUACUGAUUCAAAAGGGGAACUUCCACCCAACCAAAAUGGCCAUUGCUGCAUAAAAAGUGAAACAAAUAGUCCUAUUGCCAAGCAAGGUGAAUCUCCAGAAGCCCUUUCGGAUGGUAAAUCAAGUCCCAUCAGCCUCAAACGACAGAAAACUUCAUCUGGAGAUAUUUCAGUCGAGGCACCUCCUGAUUCUGUUGAUUACUCCAUAAUGAAACUGGAGAAAGUAGCAAACAAAAUCAGAAGACUCGAAAGUCUAUUGCUAUCUGUGGGGUCUCCUCCAUCAAAAGUGGCGAAGCCAUCCUGGAAGUUCCUCGAGGAGGAUGCAUCACACAAGUGAACUCAUGUUUAUUCUGUGGCUAGGACGAUGGUAGAGUACAGAUUGACUGACCCUGACUCAGAUAGUUUCUGUCUGGCUGUUUGUGAACACGGAACAGUAUCCAACUAGAUACCACAGUGCAGCUUCUAGAUUUGCACUUUAUUGGUCAACCGAACUUGCUGGCAUUCAUAUAUUUGAUUGUUAUCAAACUCGUCUAACAAGAUUAGUCUAGUUGACUUACUCUUCAGGUUCAUACCAGUCGUGUAGUGCAGGUGCUUGCGAGGUCCAGGGCUCCAAGCAGCUCUACUUCGACGAGAGAAUGUCCAAGCUCAGAUGAAAGCUAUGCAAACAUAGGAUUGGCGGGAGGUAGAACAAUCAAGAGAGAAAUAGACACAUGUUUGUCAAACCUUUCAGUGUUAUUCAACUAUAUGUGCUUAGGCCCAGAUUCUUCCUUUUGCUGCUGGUUUGCAUCUGCCUGCCCGAUCUGGAAACACACCGAUACUGCUAACUUGUCAUUCGUUGCCCGUUCGUGUGUGUAAACAGUUCACAAUUGAUCGUGAUCUUAGAUUCUUAGCAAGCAUGCUAUAUUGCUUCAUCCAGAUUUACUCC